UCUGUCAUCAUCUGAUAAUAAUUAAUGAAAGAAAAGGAAAUUAUUUUUUCAUUUUUGUCUGAGAAAGAAAUCUCAGAACUUGAUUCGAUCGAGUUUAUAUAUAAUCUGUUGAGCUCCACAGUUUCAGGAAGAAAGCAAUAUCAUCACAAGGCAAAUCCAAGCAUUAUAUACAGCAAAGAAUGGGAACCAAUCAAGAAUAUGGAGCAGAGACAGAGAGAUGUGCAGUGGUUAGCGGUGCAAACAAGGGUAUUGGAUUUGAGGUGGUGAGGCAGCUUGCAUCUCAAGGGGUGGUGGUGGUGUUGACAGCCAGGGAUGAGAAGAGGGGAAAAGAAGCAACAUCUAAGCUCCAACAGUUGGGUCUGUCAAAUGUUGUCUUCCAUCAACUUGAUGUCUUGAAUCCAGUUAGCAUCCACUCCUUGGCCAAAUUCAUACACGCCAAAUUUGGCAGGCUUGAUAUCUUGGUUAAUAAUGCUGGAGCUACUGGAGUACUGGUGUCUGAGAAAGAUUUAAAAUCUCUAGACAUUGACUCCACAACUUGGCUUUCAGGCAAAGCAGUCAACCAAAUUCAAUGUGCAAUUAAAUACACUUAUGAGAAGGCUGAGGAAUGUUUGAAUACAAAUUACUACGGUGUUAAAAGAUUAACCGAGGCUCUUCUCCCACUCUUGCAACUCUCCACUCUGGGAGCAAGAAUCGUCAAUGUCUCCUCCCUAAGGAGUGAACUCAAGAGGAUACCAAGUGAAGAGAUAAGAAAUGAGCUCGGGGAUGUAGAAACAUUGACAGAGGAGAAAGUGGAUGCAGUUUUGGCAAGAUUUCUGCAUGAUUUUAAACAAAACGAACUCGAAGCGAAUGGAUGGACAAUGAUGCUGCCUGCAUAUAGCAUUUCCAAGGCCACCCUCAAUGCUUACACUAGAAUCCUUGCCAACAAGUACCCAAACAUGUGCAUCAACUGUGUGCAUCCUGGCUUUGUCAAUACAGACCUCAAUUGGCAUACAGGGACCAUGACUGUCGAAGAAGGGGCUGCCGGUCUGGUCAGGUUGGCUCUUAUACCCCAUAGAGGCCCUUCCGGCUGCUAUUUCGAUCGAACUGAAGUCGCAGACUUUUAAUGAUAUACACAUAUAUAUACAUGUAAGAUUUAUGCAUCUUUCCUUAUUUAUAUAUGAUACAUAUAUUAUGUAUAAGACUGAUGUAAAGCUAAAUAAGGGUUAGAACGCGUCUUUUUCA